AUGGAUUUGCUGCAAUCGUCCAUAGACCCAGACAUGGAUAAAGAGGAAGAUGAAGUUGAACCCAAAUCGGAGCUCCAACCUGAAACAUCAGACCAAGACCCGUCUCCAGAUUCCUCUCCUAUUUGGAUCUCCUUCCCUUCCAAAUCCGCUGCUCCGAGAGUCAAUGACACUAUGCUGUCUUUUACUGUCGCUGGCAAGGUACAAUCUGAGGCUCAAAAACCCUUAAAUCCGACCGAGUAUGUUGUUUCGUUCAACCCCACGUAUGACCAACUUGGACCCCCGUCAUUGGCCCGACCCAUCCUUACGCCAAGGAUGGGCUUGUGCAAGGCCUCCGAAAUCAUAAGCUUGGAUUUGUUGAGAAUGCUGCUAUUGAGCCAUUUGUGUUUGAUGAACAAUAUAAUACUUUUUAUAAAUUUGGAUAUGAAGCAAAAUGAUGGUGUUUCUGUUUAUAAUAUACUGCAACACGAGCAGAAGAAGCGAAAACUUGAGGAAAAGAAAGAGAUGUUGGAGGAGAUAGAGAAUGAGAGGAAUGAUCUGAUGGAUUUAGCAGAGGUGUAUUAUCCAGCCGCUGAGGCAGAGGUGGAUUUAACAAAAGGAUAUAAAAUUUGUUAA